CCCAGGGCCGCCUGAGGAGGGGUGGGGGCGGGGAGCCGCGGGCCGGCUGCGGGCAGGAUGGCGGCUCAAAUUCCAAUCGUGGCUGCCACUUCUACCCCCACCAUAGCCAGGAACAGCAAGAAGAGGCCAGUCAGCCCUUCCCACAACGGCAGCGGAGGGGGAUACGGCGCCAGUAAGAAGAAAAAGCUGUCCGCCUCCGGCUUCGCUCAGGGUGUCAGCAUUGAAGCCAUGAGUGAGAAUAAAAUGGCGUCCUCUGAUUUUAGUUCGGGGCCUGUGGAAAAAGCUGCCAAACCGCUGCCAUUUAAGGAUCCCAACUUCGUGCACUCUGGCCAUGGCGGCGCAGUGGCUGGCAAGAAGAACAGAACCUGGAAGAACCUCAAACAGAUCCUCGCUGCUGAAAGGGCGUUGCCGUGGCAACUGAACGAUCCUAACUACUUUAGUAUUGAUGCUCCCCCAUCCUUUAAGCCGGCUAAGAAGUACUCCGAUGUUUCAGGCCUCCUUGCCAACUACACAGACCCUCAGAGCAAGCUGCGGUUCAGCACCACCGAAGAGUUCUCCUACAUUCGCAGGCUGCCGUCUGACGUGGUCACAGGCUACCUGGCCCUGAGGAAGGCCACCAGCAUCGUUCCCUGAGCCUGAGGAGUGGAACUGAAGAGGAAGUGGCCUCCAAAUCAGGCUCUGCACUUGUGAUUUUGUUUCAUGGAAACAGACAUGUUCUGCUGUCAAUCUGAAGAGUGUCAGCUCUGUGCCUUGGAAAGAAUGUCUGGCUUACCAUGAGGGUCUUUCUGGCUUUUUUUUUUUCCCCUUCAGGUUUUUCCCUUUCUGUUUUUUUUUUUUUUUUUUUUUCAAUCUCAUACUUCAGAUGUUGACUCAAGUAAAAAUUGUUUGAUAAGAAAACACAGUAAAAUUAUGCUUUUAAAUUGACUCAAGCAAGUCCCUGAAUUUUACUUGCAAGUUGUGAACCCUCGUCCAACAUUUGCAAAGAAUGUGCAAUGAAGACCCAGUUCUCGAUUGUCCUGGAGACUAGUGAGCAUGCUGGCCCUUCCCUGGAUCAGAAGCGUCUGUCUGUCUGUUUCCCACUGUGCUGUCAGGAGUUUGGACAUUCUGAAUGACUUCACCCAUCAUGGCAUGCCUGCUGGCGAUUUGUGUCUGCUACAUGGUGAAUUGAGGCACUGGCCUCCGGGGCCCAAAGGAUAAAUUCAGCUCGUAAAAGGAAAAGUAAUUAGCCAGAUCAAAGAAACAGAUUUUGGAGGCUUAGCACUUCAGAGCACUUGUUGCUUUUGUAGGGGACCCAGGUUUGGUUCCUAGCACUCAUGAGGUGACUCACAACUGUCUCUGACCCCAGUUCCAGGACAUCCAAUACCCUCUCCUGACCUCUGAGCACACCGGGCGUUCACAUACGUACAUGCAGGCAAACCGUCAUACAUAUAAAAAUAAUAGAUUUUUUAAAAAUCGUAUUUUCUUCUUCAGACCACACUGAUGUCCAAGCUACUCUGACGAUGACGUGGGAGAGAGGAAAUGGAUGGAAGUAGUGUUGAAACAAGAUUGGCUGCGAGUCAACUAUUGUGUACCAAGUACACGGAAGUUCAUUACAUCAUUCAACUCUGACACCACAGCUUCUGCUUCCCCUGGAGAAGAUUGGUCUGGAGCUGCCUGAAGAGGGUGAGGAGGAGACAGGGACUCUGCCUGGGGGCCGUUGAUCUAAUGGAACUAAAUUCAUGUUGAUGAACCUGGUGGGCCAGAGCUGGGAGCAAUAGGCAGCGAGGUUCUUUUCCUUUCUGAAGAUUUUCUGACCCAUUGUCAUUACAGAAACACCAGGGGUGAAGAUGUCACAGUGGUAGAACACAGGAGAAGGAUGGCCAGGAAGAGACACUGAUAAGCAUGAAGGUCAGAAACACACCACAAAGAUGACGGGAACUGGACUGAACUGACCAGGGUAGGCUCUCUCCACCAAAAAUGGUGUUGGAAUGUUCGGGAGAAUGUAAGUAAAAAGAAGUGUAUUGUUAUAAUCGGAGGCAGGGAGGGAACAGGCUAGAUUUUUGAGGACACAGAAAAGGCAAGAGGGUAAGUUAAGAACAGAAAACUUUCCUCGGAUGAUAGUCAUUUCCUACAGCAAUUAAAACGUUCGUAACAUGCGUGGAGAAGAAAAGGACAAGCCAAAGAUGGAGCAGGUGGUGACCUGGCUUCCAGAGCAAGGAGCCCAGGCCUGCCACAGUGACUCAGGAGGGAGGAAUGUGGCCCAGGCUGCUGCAGCUGUGAUAGGAACAGGAUGGGGCACUGAGGAGGACAUCCUGCAGCGGCUUUGGGACUUUCCAUGUGGGAGCAACCCACAGCCCCCGAGAACCCUGGCCUGCAUGCCAGGCAGAGUGCUCGAGGAUAAGCCAGAAGAAGCUGGGAAAGUGCGCUCUCCACCACUGCAGCAUGCUGCUGCUGCAGUCCAGCAGGCCCCGUGAAUGGCUCUGUUACAGAUCUUGCAGACACCCACCCAUGCACUGUGUUUAGUACUUUCCAAGGCUACUCUGGGGUGCUCCCAGGCCCUGUGGCUCUGAACCCAUGUUUCAAACUGCAGGAUGUUUCUGCUAAUGCUCCGGUUUGUGUCGUAUACGCACCGCGCUUGUGUCUUAAUGUACUUGGGACACUCCGAGCUGGGAUGACCCGAUGGUAGAGCAUUUGCCUAGAAUGUUCAGGGGCUUGAGUUCAACCCUCAGUGCUAGACACAACAGCAACAAACUGAAGAAGUAGGAUGCUCUUUUAAACAGGCCUUAUUCUGAGCAUGUGCAUCCUAAGCAAAUGACCCACCCGAAUGCUGCUACUCCCAUCACCCCCAGGAGUCCUGGGCUUGCUUCCUUGUGACCCAGUCACUGUCUAAUAGGCAUCUACUCACUAGACACCCAGUGAGUCCAGAAGGCAGGGUAACUCCUCCCUUCUUUGAAGUGGUCACUUUCACUUAGUGGGGUGUGUGUCACUGGAGCUUCCUGGGAGGCAGGUGAGGCAGAGGGAUCCUGUUUGGUCAGUCUCCUCCCCCUUUCUCCAUUGCUGAAUCCGGACAGCAACCUACUUCCUCCCACAGUACAAAGUCACUUUGAUAGCAUGUGCCCCUGAUAAACACAAUGAGGAUGCACUUCCCCUCUGAUGGACUUCCGCCCUAGCCCAGUAACCCCGAGUAGUCAUGAGAACAUCAGCAAGUCCUUCUGGAAGGACCUUCUACAAAAUUCCUCGUGAGUACUCUUUGAGACUGGCAAGGCUGUCAAAAAUAGGAAUGUCUGGAAAGUGUGCUGGUCAAGAGGAGCCCCAGGAGACGGGCAACUCAAUGUAGUAUGAGAUCUGAAUGGGACCACGAGGUGGGAAAGAGCACUGGGGGUAAGCCAAGGAAAUCCAAAUCAGCUAUGCACCUUAGUUAAUAAUGUAUCAACAUGGGUUUGUUAAUUCUAACCAAUACAUCAUACAAAGGGUAACAAAUACACCAUACAAAUACACAUAGCAAUGGGGAACCUAGGUGUUGGGGUUAUGGGAAGUGUGUGUAGGGCCUUUGCACCUGUCCUGAAAAUGUGAACUAUUUUAAAAAGUAGAUAAAGAGUAAUGAAGGCCUGAAAGCCAUCUUCAGCCCUCCCCGCUGUGGAGCAGCCACGUCUUUGUCAGACGUCAUGAAGGGAAAUCUCACGCAUUGUAUCGUUUGCUUUUCUCCUUGCAAUGACAAGAUAACCCCACAGAAGCCAUUUAAGGGAAGAAGGACUUAUUUUGGUUCACAGUUUGAGAGUACAGUUCACCAUAGCAGGACAGUCUGGGACCCCCAAUUCAUCAGAAUGUGUUGCCCGCAUUGAGGACGAUUGUUCCCGCCUCAGUUAAACCUUUUUAGAAGUGCCCUCAAAGACACGAGCAGAAGUGUGUCUCCUAGGAGAUCCUAAAGCUAUCAAGUUUAGCCAUCACGCUCGCAGAUCCUAACACGGCCUUCCAGGCCACAGGAGUGUUAAGGAGCAUGGCCACUGAGCAAGCACUCAUCCGCUCUUGGUCCUUUAUCAAUUGCUCUGAUAUCGAUUGUACAACCCACAGGAGCUAUUAAUAUGUACUUUAAAAUCCUGGAUUAACUUAUUUCUGAUUCAAAAGGCAACUCGUUACUUGUUGAAUGUGUUGAAUAGAACUCGAAAAAACAGGAAAUUAUUGUCAACGUGAUGUCCGCCUUAAGAAAUGGUGUGUUGCGGAGCUUGCCUUAAGAGAUGUUUUGGAAAUGACUCUGCAUGCCUACCUACUGCACUAAGUCCUACCCAGUAGAGACUGAGAGGAGGCAGUUGUUUCCAGUGAUUUGUGAGUUUACAAAUCCACAGCACUCCGGUUUUCACUCAGUGUGAGUCUCUCAGGCUGCAGUUGCUUCCCCAGGAGAGAGAGGUUAGCCAAGGCGCAAAGUUGAAGAAAAGUUGUCCUUGUCUCCAGGAGAAAUGCCUUAAAUAUAACGUUAGAGUCUUUUAAGAUGUUGGUGUAAUUUUCAUUAUUUAUUUUUUGAGACAAGGUCUCAUGUAUGCCCAGCUGGCCAUGAAUGUGCUCUGUGGCAGAGGGUGACCUUGAACUUCCAGUCUUCCUGCUUUCAUCUCCUGUGUGCUGGAAUUACAGGCGUGCACCACUGUACACAGUUUAUGGAAUAAAUGCUGGUCUGGGGAUGGAACCUUGAAUUUCCCCCUGCUAAGCGUGUAGUCUACAACAGACUACACUUUAGCCUUUUGUUGUUAUCAUUGUUUUACAUGCUUUGUGUCCACAGAGGCCAGAAGAGUGCAUAGGCAUGAUCCCUGGGAACUGGACUUACAAACUGCUGUGAGCUAGGAAUUGAACCCAGGUCCUCUGGAAGAGCAGCCAGUGCUCUUAGCCACUGAGCCAUCUCUCCAGCCCUGAGAUCUUUGUUUUAGGACAAACUUAUAUAGCCUAGGCUGGCCAUGAACUUGCUGCGGAGCUGAGCAUGACUUUGAACUCCUGAUCCCUACCCCCCAAUCCCUGUCUCACAUUACAGGUGUGCACACCAUGUUCAGCAACUACAGUCUUGAUUUGCCUGUUUGUGACACACCACACCCAAGAUAAUUAAAGUCACAAAGUCACAGAAAGAAGGAAGCCGGCAAACACACCAUUGAAAGCCUGCAAUACACCACACCCCCUGAAGCCCAGCAUGCUUGGCUCAGCUCCCAAAGCCUGACACUGCACCGUCCAGUGUUGUUUCGUCUUGCAUCUCUGCAGCUUUCUUGUCUCCUUAGCUCCGCAGUGUCUCAGCCUCCUGUUCUCUGCCCUUUGCUGGCCUCUUCCUGCCUCCAUGUGCUUUGCUAUCUAGCAUGUGACCCACACGUACGUAUGAGCCAGCACAGAAAACCAGACCCUAAAUGGCUGUUAGUCAGACUUAGAUUGAGCCCCCUGCAGGCUCAGUCCCUUGUCAAAUGCACAUCAUAGUUUUUGUUAUUUAGUUAGUAAGAGGUUUUUGUUGUUGUUGUUGUUGUUUUGGUUUUUCGAGACAGGGUUUCUCUGCGUAGCUUUGGCGCCUUUCCUAGAACUCACUCUGUAGCCCAAGGCUGGCCUCGAACUCACAGAGAUCCGUCUGGCUCUGCCUCCCGAGUGCUGGGAUUAAAGGCAUGUGCCACCAUCGCCCAGCUAUUAAGAGUUUUAAUGCUUCCUAACGAAGCAAAGUUAAGCAGAAUCCAACUGACCUUCUCGCUCUGGGUUUUCUGAGGUGCUUAAUAUCACAGCGCAAGCUGGAGCUCGCAGGGUCUUCUGGAGCAGCAGGACAGCCUUUCACUAAGUAGAGCAGUAUGCAGACAUGGACAAAAACGCCUGGCUGGCUCCCUCACCAUUCUGUAAACUCAGUAAAGGUUAUUUCCAUGCAGAUUUACCUCCCCCUCGUGCUAAUGCAGCAACAGUGGCUGAGCCCUGUUCUCUUAGGUCUUGGCUUGAGACUGGGGUAGAAGUCCCGGGUUCUAGGUCUGACGUCAUUGCACAAGGGUCAGUUCAAGAAUGGCAGAGGCCCCAAUGCACUCAUCAUCAGAGGGCACAGUCCCGCACUUCACAGUUCUUCUGCAGCUUUACACAGAAGUGCUUUGCAGUGUGCUACUGCUGUGAAGUACUGCUGCUGGUGGUUGUUCAUGCCUCUGAUCCUAGUGCUCAUGGCUGAGGCAGGGGGAUUGCCAUGAGGCCGGCUCGGUCUACAUAGUUAGAGUUCCGGACUAAACACAUAUGUGCAUGCACAUUCACAUGUGCGCACACACACACACACACACACACACACACACACACACACACACACAUGCUUCAGUGUCUUCAGUAUAAGCCCCUUCUCAAGCUUGGGUAUUGUAUGGGUGUGUCAGAACUGUCAGUUUUACCAUGAUGUUCAAAAUGUUAUUUUUAAUGCCUUAAGUGCCUGGAAACUGGCUACCAAUUCCGAGCUAAGGGAAUGAGGAGAAACCAUAGCCCGGGAGUAUCUGCAAAAGUGGCAUCACAAGUGUGGUCACUGUUGUUAGACGGGAAAGCUCUUGACUGGGUAGAGCUGCACUCCUUUCUCGCAACCUGUCGACCCUGUCAGUCAGUCUAUGCGACAGAGGUGGGUGGGAGCUGGCCCGGGCUUUUCCGUGAUCCAAACUUCUGGAGCUGAGAGGUGGAGGCCGGCUAAGGUGCUGGGGCUCCGUGAGGCUCCAUGGUGUUCAUUCUUUUCAUUCUGAUGAGUUGAAUUUUUACUGGGAUGUCUUUUUUGAAUCUUUUUCUUGUAUGUCCCCUGUUUUUCUGUUUUCUUUUCCCUUCUUUGUGUGUGUGUCCUAAGAAAGCUUUGCCUCUAUCCACCCACCCCCUCCUAAAGUCAUGAAGAUAUUCUCCCCUGCUUGUCUCAGGACCCAUUACAGUUUUACCUUUCUGAAAGGCUGUGACCUAAUUCAAGUUAUUUUGUGUGUGAUGUGGGGUGGGGAGCAAUGCUUAUUUUUAUUUGCUCGUAUCAGCAUUCUGUUGUUCAAGUACUGCCUGCUCAGGAGAUUUUCCUUCCCCUGUGGAAGACAGUAGUUUCCUGUCUUGAUAACCAGUUGGGCAUCUGUCGGGCCCAUUCCUUGUCUUUUUUGUCCUAGCCCAUUGACCUCUCUACACAAAAGCAAGUCAUCAUAAUUACUAUAGAUUUAUUUCGUGUGUGUGUGUGUGUGUGUGUGUGUGUGUGUGUGUGUGCAUAUGACUAUAAGGUGCCUAUGGAGGUUUGUUCGUGUAAGUGUAAGGUGCCUGUUGGAUCCCCAGAGCUCCUUACAGGCCGUUGCCAGCUGCUUCACAUAGAGCUUGGAACCGAACUCUAGUCCUCUGCAAGAACAGUCUGUGUUCUUACCCACUGAGCCACCUUGCCAGCCACACCACAGAUGCACUGAAGUCUUGAGACCAGGUCCCAAGAAGCUUCAGCUCUGUCUUUUUUGAGAUUGUCCUCUCCAAGUCCAAGUGUUGUUCCCCACAUAACAGGUAAAUAGGUAGGUCAGACUGUUGCUUCCUUCUUGGCUUUUUUUUUUCUUUCUUCCCCUGAGACAGGGUUUCUUUGUGCAGCCGUGGCUGUCCUGGAACUCACUCUAGACCAGGCUGGCCUUGAACUCUGAGAUCUGCCUGCCUCUGCCUCCCAAGUGCUGGGAUUAAAGGUGUGCACCACCACCAGACUAUUGGUUUCUUUAAAAACAGCCUGCUAGGAUUUUGAUUUGAGUCCACAGAUCAGUUUGAGAAGACUGAGCAUCUUAACAGUAUUGAGUAUUCUAAACAUAAACACAACCUGUCUGUCAGGUAAUGUAAGUCCUUUUUAAGUGCUCUUAGUGGUUUCUCAUAGCUCUUAGUGCACAGACUUCUUCAUAUAUUUCAUUAAAUUUAUUCCUAAUAGUUAUGGAUUUCAGUUGUUACUAUAAGUGAUAUUUAACUAUUUACACAGGAGUAUGUACAUUUUAUAUUUUCUUUUUAAAUUUUUUUUUAUAUGUAUUGCUGUUUUGUGUGCAUGUACAUCUGAGCACCACAUAGGUGCCGGAUGCCUGUACAGGGGGAAAAAGGGUGUUGGAUCCCCUGGCACUGGAGUUACAGAUGGGUAUGAGCUACUGUGUGGGUGCUGGGAAUCAAACUCAGGUCCUCUGGAAAAGCAGCCAGUGCUCUUAGCUACCGAGCCAUCUCUCGGCCCCCACGUUUUAAGUAUUUUUAUGUUUCUAGAAUCUUGCUUUGGAAAAAAAUUGAAAGAUAAUUUACAUGCAGUAAAAAGAAUCUUAGGGGCUGGAGAGCUGGCUCAGCAGUUAAGAGCACUGGCUGCUCUUGCAGAGGACCUGGGUUUGCUUUCCAGAACUCAAAUGGCAGCUCACAACCAUCCGCAACUCCAGUUCCAGAAGAUCCGAUGCCCUCUUCUGAUCUCUCUCUGUGGGCACCAGGGACACAUGUAACACACAUACAAACAUGAAGCCAAAACACUCAUGCACAUAAAAUAAAUAAUAAAUAUUUUAAAAAUAGACAAAUGAAUAAUUUUAGUACACUCACAAGGCUGUGCAACCAUUACCCCUGUGUCCUCCAGCCCCCGCCCCCGCCCCAGAAACUCUACAUUGAUUAGUAAUCACACUUGCUAACCUUCCCCUUGCCAUCACUAAUCUACUUCCUGUCUGUAUAAACUCAUCUGAGUGUUCUGUAGAAGUGGAGCAUGUGUCUGGUGAGCCCUGUGCCCGUGAGCACCUAUGUACAUGUGUGCUGGCUAGUUUUUACAUCAACUGCAUACAAGCUAGUUUUCUGAGAAGAGGAAACUUCAGUAGAGAGAAUGCCUCCAUAAGAUUAGGCUUUAGGCAAGCCUGUAAGGCAUUUUCUUAAUUAGUGAUCAAUUUGGGAGGGCCCAGCCCAUUGUGGGUGGAACCAGCUGUCUAGGUUCUAUGAGAAAGCAGGCUGAGGUAGCCAUAAGGAGCACAAGAGUAAGCAACACCCCUCCGUGGCCUCUGCAUCAGCUUCCGCCUCCAGGUUCCUGACCUAUUUGAGUUCCUGCCAUGACUGCCUUUGAUGAUGAACUGUGAUAGGGAAGUGUGAGGGAAAUAAACCCUUUCCUCCUCAUGCCUUUGAUCACGGUAUUUCACACAGUGACAGAAACCCUAAGAUACUGUGGCUUGUGAGUGCAGUACCUGGGAACACCUGGGCACGUGUCUUGUGAACACCCUACCCAUAGACUCCAGUGCAUGUGUCCUGUGAAUGCUGUGCCCAUGAGCACCUGAGUGUCUCAUGAAUACUGUGCCCAUGGACAUUUAUGCAUGUGUUUUUGUUUCAAUAAUUGUUUUCGAUUUUUUUGAGUGUGCAUCUAGGAAUAGAAUUCCCGACUCAUAAAAUACCUCUGUGUUUAGCUUUGCCAGGAACUACUGAGCUGUUUUCCAAAGUGGCGGCACCGCUCACCCCCCCCCACCCCCCCAGCAGUGUGCAAAGGCUUCCGUUUCUCCAUGGACUCACCAGCACUUGUUCAUGUUUCCAUUUUCUUUAUGGUCACCCUAGUUGGUAUGAAAUGUUACGUCAUUGCUGUUGGUGUCGCUCUAAUGAUGUGGGAACCUCUUUCCAGGUGCCUAGUGCCCCUUUAUGGCUGUGGGAAAAGUGUGUGUGAGCAUCUUGUGGCUGUUUUGCUGUUAGGUCAGUGUCUUUCUUGCUGUGGAGUUAGGAAGAUCUUUCAGUAUUCUGGAUCCUAGACUCUUAUCAGAUAUAUAUAACUCUGAAAAUGUUUGGUUCUGUUCUGUAAGAUAGCCUUUUGCCUCUUGUGGUCAUGUGAUUUGAUACAUAGGAUUUUAAAGUGUGUGUGUGUGUGUGUGUGUGUGUGUGUGUGUGUGUGUGUGUGUGUGUGAAAGAGAGAGAGAGAGAGAGAGAGAGAGAGAGAGAGAGAGAGAGAGAGAGAGAGAUUGUGUACAUGUGUAGGGUGUUGUGAAUAUUAAUAACUGUUGAGUAGUCCCUCAAUCUUUGUAGUCAAGUGGAAUUUUUGAUAAUUUUAUUUAUUUUGAUUAUUUGUUAAAAUGCUCUUGUAUCCAGAGAUGCUAGAAGCCCCCUCCAAGGUUCAUCUUAGCUCUUUCCAGUCUCUCUCAGCCUCUAGUUCAGCUUCUUUGCUCUGUUGUUCCAGGGAACAGUGGUUUCCAGUAAAUGUGGGCUGUAGCAGUCAGAGUGGACAUUCUUGCUACGUUGUCCAUUUUCAGAAGAAACCUUCUGUAUUUCAGGGUGUUAACUUGAAGUUUCUUUUUUUUAACUCCCUGUGUCAGCCUGAAGACACUCCCUCCUUCUACUAUUCUGAGACUCUGUAUCAUGAUGAAACAUUAAAUUUUGUUAAAUGCUGUCCUUAUAUCGACUAAGAUGGUUCUAUGUCUUUUUUUUGUUAAUUCUGAUAGUGUGAUGAAUAUUCUAAAUGAUUGAUAUUGAAAUAAUAAAACAGUCUUGCAUUCCUGGGAACAGA